AUUGAACAUGGUGACUGUUUAAUAAAUAAUAACCUGUGCAAAAUACUCAUUGCUGAUAUUUUAUGCAUUUUAAUGCUGUGACAAGUAUAGAGGUAUAUAAAGAUUAUAAAGGUGAAAAAAAAAAUUGGAGUAAUUUAUAUUAAGUUGCAUACUCAGCAUUUUAGUAAAUUAAAGUUAGCGUGAUUCUAACCAAAUAUAUCGAAAGCACGUGGUUGAACAUAUGUACAUAAUUGUAUUAAAGUUAUACUAACUAUAUGAAAAAAUAGUGGAAAAUUAAUACAAUAAUUAAUAAUAAUUUUACAAAAUUAAUACAAUAAUUAAUAAGUAAUUUUAUUAUUUGUUAUUACUUGUUAUUUUAUUAUUUACUUUUUAUUAUAUAUUAUAAUGUAAUUUUUUUUUAGUUAUUACUUAUUAAAAUUUUUUUAAACAUUCGAUAUAUUCAAUUACUUACUUCGAAUACUCAAUAAUUAAUAAAUUAACUAUUAGUUAGAAAAUAUUAUAUAAUAAUUAUUAAUAAUUAUUAUUAGUAAUUAUCAGUUAUUAUUAGUAGAUAUUAAUUAUUCAAAAAUAUUAAUAUUACUGUAAAAUUGCUAAAAUAUUAAUUUCAUUUACACCUCGACUUAUUUUUAAACUAAAAAUUUAUUUAAAAUUUUGGAUUUUCUUUUUCUUCUAUGUUCUAGGUAGGCUUGAAAAUGUCAAACAUUAGAAAUUAUAAUACGUUUUACAGCGAUAAUAUUUACGAAAAAGAAAAAUGUCGCAGAUACGGAGUGAUAAGGACUAUUAAUUACACGUGUACUAAAUGGCCACAACGAAAGAUGGAAUUAAAUUCACAUACAAGAAGCAAGGCAAAAGAGAAUUAUUCUUCCAACAAUUCUAAAGUAAUUUUAACGCGUAGUCAAAGCACAGCAAUGUUUGAGUCAAUGAUUUUCGGGAAAAAAUCUGUCGGUACACAGACAGAGGAAAUUCUAAGCUCGUCAAAGCCAACAGAAGCAGAAAUUUACAAUAAUAUUAAUCUGAAUGAAAACAUGAGUUAUGGAGAGCUUUUUAAAAUCGUAGCGGAAAAAAUAGAACAGAACAGACAGCUAUUGUUUAGAUUGAAAAAUCUUUGUUGGAAAUUGCGAAUCCAAUAAAAUCAAUCACUAUAUGCUUUUCAUUUAAUUAUAAUUCUCAUUAUAAAUGUUUGUCAAUGAGAUUACAUCUUUGAUUUUUGUCAAUUUUUCAUUUUUGUCAAUUACAUUACAUCUUUCACUUUUUUCAUUUAAUGACAGUAUUGUAAUUUUAACUUUUAUGGUUUAAGAAUGAAAGUCUUUAUUUUUAUCUUUAUUUUGAUGUAGAUUGCAAUUUAAAUGCAAUAAUACUUGUAAUGUAAAAUACUUUAAUUUUAAAACAAUAUUAUCAAACAAUUAGCAUAUUAGUGUAUUCAAGUUUGAAUAUUAACAUAUAAUAAAAAGCAAAAACAGAUAAUUGUACUAUGUUUAUAGAAUUUAGUUUAAGCAAUAAGUGUUACUAUCAAUUAGUGUGAUUAUUUAGACUCAAGUAAAAAUUUAUAGCCAAUAAACAUAUAUAACUUUUAAACAGUUUCUUUUCUUCUUCUUUUCUUUUCUUGAAAGAAAUUUUGUAUAAGAAAGAUCCAAUAAAAGAUAGCAAGAUAGCAGACUCAUCUUGUAAAUAAUAAAAAUAAUAUUUUUACUUUUCUAAUAUAGUACCCCCACGUGAAAACAAACUAA